GCGUCGGGGCGGCUGGAAGCGCGCGUCGCGGCGUCCCCACGGCUCCGGCCCGCCUGCGUCCCUGGACGCCCCAGGCCCCGCGGUUCGCCUGCCGGCUGCCUUCAUGGACGCGGCGCUGAAGCGGAGCCGCUCGGAGGAGCCGGCCGAGCUCGUGCCGUCCGCCCGGGGCGCGGAGGCGGCGGCAGAAGAGGGCAUGGAGCAGGGGCUGGAGGAGGAGGAGGAGGAGGUAGAUCCCCGCAUCCAGGGAGAAUUGGAGAAGUUAAAUCAAUCCACGGAUGAUAUCAACAGACGGGAGACUGAACUUGAGGAUGCGCGCCAGAAGUUCCGCUCAGUUCUGGUGGAAGCGACGGUGAAGCUGGAUGAGCUGGUGAAGAAAAUUGGCAAAGCUGUGGAGGACUCAAAGCCCUACUGGGAGGCACGGCGGGUGGCAAGGCAGGCUCAGCUGGAAGCUCAGAAAGCCACGCAGGACUUCCAGAGGGCCACAGAAGUGCUGCGUGCUGCCAAGGAAACCAUCUCCCUGGCCGAGCAGCGGCUGCUGGAGGAUGACAAGCGGCAGUUUGACUCGGCCUGGCAGGAGAUGCUGAACCACGCCACCCAGAGGGCGGACGUCUGCUGUCAUUCCCAGGUCAUGGAGGCGGAGCAGACGAAGACGAGGAGCGAGCUGGUGCACAAGGAGACGGCGGCCAGGUACAAUGCAGCCAUGGGCCGCAUGCGGCAGCUGGAGAAGAAACUCAAGAGAGCCAUCAGCAAGUCCAAGCCUUAUUUUGAACUGAAGGCAAAGUACUAUGUGCAGCUUGAGCAACUCAAGAAGACUGUGGACGACCUGCAGGCCAGACUGGCGCUGGCGAAAGGCGAGUACAAGACGGCCCUGAAGAACCUGGAGAUGAUCUCGGACGAGAUCCACGAGCGGCGGCGCUCCUGCGCCAUGGGGCCGCGGGGCUGUGGCGUUGGCGCCGAGGGCAGUGGGGCUGCAGAGGACCUGCUGGGGAGCAAGGCCGAGCCGGAUGCGGUUUCUGUGGCCUCUGAGGCCUUUGAAGACGACAGCUGUAACAACUUUGUGUCUGAAGACGACUCGGAAACUCAGUCUGUGUCCAGCUUCAGUUCAGGACCAACGAGCCCGUCCGAGAUGUCCGGCCAGUUCCCUGCAGUGCCAAGGCCCGGCAACCUGGACCUUCCCAGUCCCGUGUCCCUAUCAGAGUUUGGGAUGAUGUUCCCAGUGUUGGGCCCUCGCAGUGAAUGCAGUGGGGCCUCCUCCCCUGAGUGUGAGGUAGAACGAGGAGACCGGGCAGAAGGGGCAGAGAAUAAAAUGAGUGACAAAGCCAGCAACAAUCGGGGUCUCAGCAUCAGCAGUGGUGGCCGUGGCAGGAGCCAGAGCAGCACCUCCCGCGAGGGCCUGGCCUUGGAGAACAGGAUGAAACAGCUCUCCCUCCAGUGCUCGAAGGGAAGAGAUGCGAUUAUUGCAGACAUAAAAAUGGUGCAGAUCGGCUGAUCCACCCAUGGCCCUGGCCCCAGUGUAUAUCAGUAGUUAUACAUGGAACUGUAUGGAGAACAUUGUGCCAAUAAUCAUUUAACAUAUGCCAAAUUUUAAGCAUUUACUCUAAACUGCACUAAUGGAAGAAGUUUCAGUGACCUUGAGGGCUGAAGAUUUUUCUCAUGGGGAAGCUUGUGAGCCGUCUGGUGUUUCAGAGCUGGUCCGUGGUUGCAGUGGCCUGUGGCCAGGUUCACAGCCUUCGUGGAGCAUUAGUGGUGACAGUGUUGUGGGAACAAGACAACUAGUUCCUAUGAGAGAACCCGGGCCAGGAAAGCAGUGGGGAAGCUAAGCUACACCGUGGCCAGCAGCUGCUUCUCUUUCCCCCCUUCUCACUCUCUAUUUGGGAAAAUGGAGAUGUUCUCUCUUUCACAGCCCAGGGGAUUCAAAUAAAAAAGAAGAGCAAAACACAAAUAUUCAGAACAAUAGACUUUUGAUGCAGUGAAGACUCAAAAAAAUCCAAGUACCCAAUUCAUUUUCAUCGUGUUUAGGAGGGACUUUUUAAACAGCAUGUAUGUAGGGACCCCCAUUAAAACCGUUUUCUAUAAAGGUCAUCAUGAACUGCACUUUUCAGGGUGGGAAAGGCAAAAUGGCAGAGUGGGAACUGGGUGGGGAUGAGGGUGCCAGGGACAUAUCAUACAAGGGAAAUGGUGGUGGGAGAGAAGAUUCUGUAACAUAAACCUUGUCCUACCAGCCAAGGGGACUCAUUCUAAAAGAAGAAAGAGCAUGAAGAAAUCAUUUAAGAGUUAUGUUGCACUAGUAUUUCUUAGAGGAAAUUGUUCCUUGAAGCUAGGAAAGGGAGUAUAGGCAUGUGUUGGCAAAGGCUGUUAAAUAGAAGCAAUGGAUUCUGUUAUGCUAAUAGUAGUAGUGUUAAAACUGCUUUUCUUUGUUUUCAUGGUUACACAUAUUCAAAGCACUGUAUUAUACUUAGCCUUUUUUGUUAAGAAAACCACAUUUCUGAAAGAAAAAAGCAACACCAUUUCAAGUUGUCCAUUCUGACACAGCUUGUAUAUUUUAGUCAUUUGUAAACCUUCAUACUGUAGUGCUUUCUCCUUUUUUAAUGACUGAUAAAAUAUCCUAACUAAAAGGUUAUUUUGUACUUGUCUUAAUAACUUGAGUGGAAUAAAAUGGCUUAAGAAAA